AUGUACCAGUUGGACGUUACUCUAAGGAGAGGACAGAAUCUAGCAGCACGGGACCGUGGAGGAACUAGUGAUCCAUACGUCAAGUUCAAACUUGGAGGAAAAGAAGUAUUUAGAAGUAAAACAAUACACAAGAACCUCAAUCCUGUGUGGGAGGAAAAAGCUUGCAUUCUUAUAGAUAACCUGAGAGAACCAUUGUACCUAAAGGUCUUUGACUAUGACUUUGGACUUCAGGAUGACUUUAUUGGUUCGGCAUUUUUGGAUCUCACUUCAUUGGAAUUAAACAAACAAACAGAUGUUACCUUGAGUCUGAAGGAUCCUCGUUACCCUGACCAUGAUCUGGGAAGUAUAUUGCUAUCAGUUCUGUUGGCUCCUAGAGAAGAACAGCGAGAAGUGACAAUGCUAAUGAGGAAGAGUUGGAAAAGAUCAAGUAAGUUUCAGACCCAGAGCUUACGUCUCUCAGACUUGCACAGAAAAUCUCAGCUAUGGAGAGGAAUAGUUAGCAUUACCUUAAUUGAAGGUCGUGAACUUAAGGCGAUGGAUGCAAAUGGACUCAGUGAUCCUUAUGUGAAGUUCAGAUUGGGGCAUCAGAAGUACAAGAGCAAGAUUGUGCCAAAAACUUUGAAUCCUCAGUGGAGGGAGCAGUUUGACUUUCAUCUCUAUGAAGAACGAGGUGGAAUUAUUGAUAUUACCGUGUGGGACAAAGAUGCUGGCAAAAAGGAUGAUUUUAUUGGCAGGUGCCAGGUUGACCUGUCGACCCUGAGUAAAGAACAAACCCACAAGUUGGAGAUGCCACUGGAGGAGGGAGAGGGCUGCCUGGUGUUGCUGGUCACUCUCACAGCCUCAGCUGCGGUCACUAUCUCUGACCUCUCCGUCAACUCCCUGGAGGACCAGAAGGAGCGAGAGGAGAUACUGAAGAGAUAUCGUCCAAUGAUGAUGUUCCAUAACCUGAAGGAUGUGGGAUUUCUUCAGGUGAAGGUCAUCAGGGCAGAAGCAUUGAUGGCAGCUGAUGUCACAGGUAAAAGUGACCCAUUUUGUGUAGUUGAAUUGAACAAUGACAGACUGCUGACCCAUACCGUCUACAAGAACCUCAAUCCAGAAUGGAACAAAAUCUUCACAUUCAAUAUUAAAGACAUCCACUCGGUGCUUGAAGUGACAGUUUAUGACGAAGACCGCGAUCGGAGUGCUGACUUUCUAGGCAAAGUUGCUAUACCAUUGCUGUCUAUUCAAAAUGGUGAACAGAAAGCCUACGUCUUGAAAAACAAGGAGCUGACAGGGCCAACAAAGGGGGUCAUCUAUCUUGAAAUAGAUGUGAUUUUUAAUGCUGUGAAAGCCAGCAUACGAACCUUAAUGCCCAAAGAACAGAAGUACAUUGAAGAGGAAAACAGACUGUCUAAACAGCUACUCUUAAGAAACUUUAUCCGGAUGAAGCGUUGUAUCAUGGUGCUCAUAAAUGCCGCCUACUACAUUAGCAGUUGCUUUGACUGGGAUUCCCCCCCAAGAAGUCUCGCUGCUUUUUUGGUAGUGGAGGACAUGCUAGAGGACGAGGAAGAAGAGGAUGACAGAGAUGACAAGGACAGUGAAAAAAAAGGAUUUAUGAACAGACUUUAUGCCAUCCAGGAGGUGUGUGUCAGUGUCCAGAAUAUCCUUGAUGAAGUGGCUUCCUUCGGAGAAAGGAUCAAGAAUACAUUCAACUGGACUGUCCCAUUCCUGAGCUGGCUGGCAAUUGUUGCCCUCUCCGUGUUCACCAUCAUCCUGUAUUUCAUUCCGCUGAGAUACAUUGUCCUUGUCUGGGGCAUCAAUAAAUUUACAAAGAAGCUUCGAAGUCCGUACGCAAUUGAUAACAAUGAGCUACUUGACUUUCUGUCCAGAGUUCCUUCAGAUGUGCAAGUGGUGCAAUACCAUGAACUGAAACAAGAUCCCAGUCACAGCCCGAGCAAGAGGAAGAAAAACAAUCCUGGCUAGCUAACUUCACGUGUUGAGGAGACUAGCAUCUGCUGGGGGAAGAUAAAAGAAAAAGCCUACAGCCUAAGCAGCAUUUCCUUUCUCUAAGCUUUUUAUUUAUUUUGCCUUUUUAUCUAAUGGGGAGAUUUUGUAAAUAUUGUAAAAAGGCAUUUCUCAUUGAAGAUAUAUUUCGCACUGUAAAGACACAUUUGACGAAGGUUUCAAGUAGAGUUUUUGCUGUUUGAAAGCCUUGUUAGAAACAGCAUAACACGUUAAAGGAAUCAAUCUAAAAUGGUAAAUAUGCACUGCUACUUGAUGGUCAAAGAUACCUGAAAUACUCAAAUCAUGCCGACUAAAUCUACAAAAGGUGUAAAUUUAAAUCUGACUCAAAAAUUCAGUCAGAUUUUAUUUGUGAGCAUUAAUAUUUUUAUCCAGUAAGUCACCAUUACGAUUUUCUAUGUUUUAUACAUUUCAAGAGAAAUACAAUGUAGUGGAGCCUACUGCACUUAAGUUUUAGCAGAUUUUUUUGAACUCCAGACCCUGAUGUUAACUCCUGGUGCAACAUUUUCCUGUGCAGUAGGGCUGCUUAUAAGACAAUGAGAAACACCAAGUGCAAAUCUCUUCCUGGAGCUCCCAAAAGAAGUUCCUGCCGUUUUUAUCAUUCCAUUAUAAGACCUAAAAAUCUCUGUCUCUCUCAAAAAUACUGCCAGGUUUGUAACUGAUUGCCUAUCUGAUUUUUCUAUAUGUACCCAGUAAUCUUCAUUUGUACUACAUAGUUCAGUGAAUGAAGUUCAUAGUUCUGCUGUAAUGGAAAUACUAUCAAACUAAGUCCAUGUUGCUUUGGGUGUCAUGCUAUGAACACCUUUUGUGCACAUAACUAUUUUAAUAUGGAAAUCUUGCAGAAAAUGUUUUUGCUUUCAAAUCACAAGAUCAUAUUAAUACGCUUUAUGAUAUAACACGUUACCUGUUACCAAUGUGAAAUAUAGUGUAGAGGAAAAAAUGCAGUUGUGGUAAAACUGAUAUACCGGUUUUAUUUCCUUAGCUAACAAUGUAGUCAGUUCUUCUGAUACGAUUGUGCCCUACUGCAUGGAAACUGCAUUAUUUUAUAAAUUACAUGGAACAUAGAUGAGAAACGUUUACAUUUCAAAUGUCUUAGUGGCCACUGCAUAACGAGUACUUGGGGAUAUAUUCUGAUAGCUGCAUGUAGACUUCCACGCUCGGCUCCCCGUGUAGUGAGCAGAGAUUUCAUUCCUAAGGGACUACCCGUGCACAGCUCUUAGUCGUAGCUCCCGGUGACGUUAAAGGGGAUUUUUGCCCAGGGGAGAACGGCAGGACUGCAUCCUCGAGAGGAGCUGUUCCUGCGGUUCUCUCUGGGUUACCUCUCGUUGGUUGCAACUGCUGAUAAAGUUAUAUUGCACUACUCUAACAAUACUUUUUGAAAAUACUAUUUAGAAAUACUUUGCAAGCAAAUGUAUAUAUAUU